CAAACAAAAACAGGAUAUGCAGAAGGUCCCUCCUCCGGGUGAGUGUGGGUGGAGUAAAAUCCUUACGGGAAGACCGAAGACUUGGUCCCCACAUGCCUCGAAUUCCCUCCACACUCGUAUUCAGCCAUCCCGGGGAAAGAGGCGCUUCUGUUUUCCCCAGCCAUGCCUGCGCCGUGGAGAGUCAUGCUGCUGUGGAUUUGUGUCUGCAUCUGGCUUCCAGCUCAGGUGUGGGGAGCUCUGCUCGAUCCUGGCAGGAAUGCUCUGACACAGAUGGUGGAGGUGUACAGCGUGAAAGUGGACUGCACGGUGACGUCUCGAUUCGUUCACACUGUCAUGACCUCCAAGGCUCUGAACAAAGCAAACUCCUCCCAGGAAAUCUUCUUCGAAGUGGAGCUCCCCAAGACGGCCUUCAUCGUGAACUUCAGCAUGGAAAUUGAUGGUGAGAUGUAUGUUGGGGAGGUGAAGGAGAAAGAGAAAGCCAAGAAACAGUAUGAGAAGGCUGUUUCCUCUGGAAAGACUGCUGGACUGGUCAAAGCUUCUGGAAGGACGAUGGAGACGUUUUUAGUGUCUGUCAACAUCGCAGCCAAAAGUAACGUGACUUUCAUUCUGACCUACGAGGAGCUCCUUCAGAGGAAACUGGGCCAGUAUGAGAUUCUGACUCGAGUUAAACCCAAACAACCGGUGCAGGAGUUUCAGAUUGUGACAAAGAUCUAUGAGCCCCAGGGCAUUGCUUUUGUUGAGGCCACUGCAACCUUCCUCUCCAAUGAUCUGCUUCCCCUGGUGGAGAAAACUGUCACAGACACAAAGGCACAAAUCUCUUUCUCACCAACACUGGAGCAGCAGAGGAAAUGUCCAGGAUGUGAAGGCACCAUAAUUGAUGGAGAUUUCAUCGUUAAGUACGAUGUGAAACGAAAAGAGAGCAUUGGGGAACUUCAGAUUGUGAAUGGAUACUUUGUGCACUUCUUUGCUCCACCUGACCUCGUCAGAGUCCCAAAGAAUGUGGUGUUUGUGAUUGACAGGAGCGGAUCAAUGAGGGGAACAAAGAUCAAACAGACCCGCGAUGCACUGGAAGCCAUUCUGAAAGAGCUCCACGAAGAGGACCACUUUGCUCUGAUCCUGUUUGAUGAAAGAAUUACCACCUGGAAGAAAUUUCUUACCAAAGCAACAAAGCAAAAUGUGACUGGAGCCAUUUCCUACAUCAGGAAAAUGAGUGACAGUGGAGCCACCAAUAUCAAUGACGCUGUACUGAAGGCCGUGAGCAUGCUGGAGAAAGAAAGACGAGAAAAGAACAUUCCAGAGAGGAGUGCCGACAUGAUUAUUUUACUGACUGAUGGGAUGCCGAACAGUGGGGAGUCCAACCUGCAAAUGAUUCAGAAGAAUGUACACUCUGCUAUUGGAGGGAACAUGACUAUGUUCUGUCUUGGAUUUGGAAAUGAUGUGGAUUACUCCUUCCUGGAUGUGAUGUGCAGACAAAACAAAGGAGUGGCCCGCAGGAUCUAUGAGGGUUCAGAUGCAGCCAUUCAACUCAAGGGUUUCUAUGAGGAGGUGGCCAGCCCUCUGCUCUUGGAGGUAGACCUGCGUUAUCCUGAGAGUGCUGUGGGAUUCUUGACCAAAAACCACUACAGCCAGUUGUUUAACGGCUCAGAGAUCGUGGUGGCCGGUCAGCUGACGGACAGUGACAUGGAUAACUUCUUGGUGGAGGUGUUCGCCCAGGGGCCUGAGGAGGACUUCCAGGUGCAGGGAAAGGCCAGUGUGGUAAACUUGGAUGUGACCUACCCAGAACAGGAUUACAUCUUUGGGAAUUUCUCAGAGCGUCUUUGGGCCUACCUCACCAUCCAACAGCUACUGGAGAACAGUGACAUUGGUACUCAGCAAGAGAAAGAAACUAUGACAGCCAAGGCCCUGGACUUGUCUGUGCGAUACAACUUCGUCACCCCUGUUACCUCCAUGGUGGUCACCAAGCCUGAAACUGAGGACGGACCAGACAGCCCUCUCAUCGCUGAUAAACUGACUGAGGACCAGCGACAGGAAGUGGAGAGAAACAGUGGUGUCAGUUCCCGUGGUCGCAGUUCCAGUGGUAGCAGUUCCCGUGGUAGCAGUUCCCGUGGUAGCAGUUCCCGUGGCAGUUCCAGUGGUAGCAGUUCCCGUGGUAGCAGUUCCCGUGGUAGCAGUUCCCGUGGUAGCAGUUCCCGUGGUAGCAGUUCCCGAUCAGAUGUGGACGGAGAUCCUCACUUCAUGAUAGAGCUGCCAGACAGAGAUGACGCUCUGUGCUUCAACAUCAACGACAAACCAGGAACCAUUUUCAACCUGGUUAGAGACCCAAAAUCAGGCUUUGUGGUGAACGGACAAAUUAUUGGGAAGAAGAAGGUCGUUCAGGAUGGUAAUAUCAACACCUACUUUGGCCGCUUUGGUAUCAUCCACCAGAAGCUGGGGCUAAGGCUAGAGGUGAGCACUCAGGACAUCUCAGUCUUCCACGAGGGCAAGCAGGUCAAGCUGCUGUGGUCUGAUACGGCCUCUAUCAAAGAAAAUAAUAUGGACUUCAGGUUAACUAAGAACCAGAGCCUGACAGUGACGCUAAGGCACUCGGUUAGAUUUAUGGUCAUUAGACACACAAAGGUUUGGAAGAGACGCCACGACCAUCAAGACUACCUGGGCUUCUACACCCUGGACAGCCACCACCUGUCUGACUCUGUUCAUGGUCUGCUAGGUCAGUUCUACCACGGUGUUGGGUUUGAGGUAACAGAACUGCGUCAAGGUGCGGUCCAGGACAAAAUGGAUGCCAACAUGUAUGUGAAGGGACAAAUACUCAACGUGACCAGACACUGGCAGAAGGACUUCAGCAGGGAUGUGAAGGAUGGGGAAAGUAUUCCCUGUUGGUUUGUUCACAAUGAUGGAGCAGGCCUAAUCGAUGGAAGAGCCUCAGACUACAUUGUUUCUGGGCUUUUCAAGGCUGCUUUUUGAAUCUUAAAAAUUCAAAAACUCAGUGGCAAUGCAUUGACAAAAUGUAUGGUUCUAGAUGUUAUGAAUUGACAUUACUCACCAAAAAUGACAGUGUAACUGAUAAUAUAUGCGGUUUGUGAAAGUUAAAACGCAAGCCGAAGGAUUUACUGAUAACAUAAAUAAUAUGGUAGGAAAAACUUUCCAAUAUUAAGCUCUCAUAGAGUUAUAUAAGUCUUCAUACUUCACAUACCAAAUUAACUUCUCUACACUUCUUUGCAAUCAAAUAAAUAUUUAGCUGUAAAAAAUGUUUGCCCCCUGUCAGUACAGGAGUUACACUGGAUGUAUUUUGCUUAGCCCAGCAUAUUUUGGUUUAAUGUAUUUGCACUUUAGGUUCACUUCAAGGUACAUGACCUUGAAGUGAACCCAUGACCUCGGCCACAACUGCACCAAUUGUGUUUUGCCUCACUCUGUGCUUUGGGAGCUGCACAUUGAUUCACAAAAAUAUUGCCCUUCACCACCUCAAGAAGGUGAACAAUAACUAUUAUGCAUACAUGUGACUGUAGUGUUGCCUCAAAAAGGAGGAAACAUCCACACUGGUGUAAAAACCCACCCACAUAGUACUGUAGGACUAUAAUAAUUUCUGGUGCAGAAAAAUUUUAAUAAUAUUCAAGCCAGUAGUUAUGAAACAGUUUGUGAUGCUGUUUGCAUUAUGUUCAUUAAUGUUCCUUUACCAAUUAUUUAAAGUGGAACAAUCAUUAUUGACAGAUUCAGCGAUCCAUAAUUAAGUCACAUUUGACCUCUAUUCACUCACAUUUAGGCCUACUCCCAGAACAGCUACAUUCAAAGCAUUUCAUCUGGGUGCUGUUUUUCAAGGAAUAUGUAUUGUUUCCCAGAAGACAUCAGGAAAGAAAGGUGGCAC